AUGUCAAACAGUUCAGCACAGUAUAAUUGGGACCAAUUUGUCUUCGGUUUGAAGGCCUCAGACGUGGAGUACUUCAAUGUCCUAAAGGAGGCGGCCGGAUUUGGCAUCCAGCGCUCCCCCAGAGUGCCAUUUACGUACUGGCGCGUGGCACCGCACGUACUUGAUGAUUUUAGGACUCUCCGUGAAAGCGCUCCUAGUGGUAGAGCAGGCCCACAGUUCUGUGAUAUGCAGGUUUCUGAGGAUAGCCGUUUGGAGCCAGACUCUAACAGGAGCGGCAGUGUACGAUACGGACAAGAAUCUAUCUCCACCCAUCGUACCACUUCCUCCAGCCCUAUAAGCUCCAUAAGGCUUCAGAUAGAUGCUCCGUUCCUUAAGGCGGUAGAGUAUCCGCAUGCCACACUGGACAUUAUCCGGUUUUUUCUGACCCAUCCGUGUACCAUCUACGCCGAUGUGGACCCCAUAUUUCGAACGUCGUCGGCUCUAAGUGUGCUGGAAAAUGCCAGCAAACUUAUGCGUAAUGUGCCGGUCCUUCUAGACCGUUACACAGGUGGUGUCAGAAGCCAAAAGAGCAAGACCUUUACCACCCAAAAAACCGUCAAUAACGUACCACCUAUCAACAUCCUUUUGGAGAGACUCUUUACUGAGCCCCGGUUGCUCUUGGAGUUAAUGAACAUCGGGAAGAUCACGUCCAGCGACUUUCUCUUUGAGAAGAUAUCAAUACCGCCUUUUAUUAAGCCGCCUGUGCUCAGAAUGAGUCUCAGCAUUGAAAAUUUGGUGGUAGGGAUGGUGAACAGAGAGGUCAUGGAGCCGUUUUACGGCUCAAUUGCAUUGUAUUACUAUAGCUCCACUGACAACGGUCAACAUGGGCUCUAUAGGGUGUCUGAGAGCCAGUAUAUAGAUAUGAACUGUUUUUCGACACUUCGGAGCUUCGCGUGUGAUAAAACAUCACUUGAUUCUAAGCCCCUUUAUAGCAGACUCAUGACUAUCUUGGAUACGAUCGAAAGGUCGAAGCUCGUGGAGUUUACCAUUCCCAUUUCAUCGCAGACGUGCUUCAGACGUAUUUUCUUGGUUGUGUUUCUAGAAAAGACCAUAGGUGUCUCGUCUGAUGAAUCGCACGCAUUCUACUCCAGGAUCAAAGAGCUAGAAGACCUUGCCCUUGCAGAUGAAAAGAUCAGGUCGGAAGUCGACCGCUACAGCCUUUACUUGCAGAGACUGGCAGACGGUGUUGCAUCCCAUGACAUCAGAGUAAUCUCGGGUGUACUAAGCAACAAGUUUUCCCAGACAAGACAUGACAGUAGCAUCAAUGAAGCGAUAGUCAGUUCUCUUUCCCACACUCUGACCAGUGAUAGCCAAAGCAAGCAAUCUGGUGCACCCUCAGUUCAGGGCCACACGAAGAGGAAACUUGAAGCUAAGAAGUCCAAAGGUGACAUGCCUUUCUUUAAGUAUCCAGGUAUUGAUUAUACCUGCACUAGCAGCCUAAGUACUGAGUCCAAAGUUCCAACUAGUAUCUUCGCAGCCUAUGGAAAGUAUGGUGAGCAGAUCUUGGCAGAGUGUAACAAGUAUCUCCCUAAGGUUAGGGCAGCUAUCAGACAGACUGGUGGGCUCAGGGAGACGUUUGCCGUGAGCAUUUCUCCCAUCUUUCCUUUAUCGGCGUUCUCUAUGCAAGGUAGUGCAUCUUUGAAGCGGGUAGCCCACCCGCACGACUCAUCUAGCCAUGUUCAGGGAGCACUGUCUCUAGACCCUGCAGACACAAGUAGUGCACGAGCAACCUUUGACCAAGUGGCCAGUGUCCUGCCCGACUCUAACUUUUACGAUGCUUGCCCAAGUACUUCUAACCCAGACUCUCAGCCCCACGCUUUUGCUCAUAAUAUUAGCAUCAUGGGAGUACCGCGGAGCGUAGUGCGCUCGGACGAAUCUGUUCCAGUUGCAACACUAGCACAGACAGCUUCUUCGCGUGGAAAAAUCAGUACUACAGUUUGUGAUAGCAAGGUCUCUAUUCAGCAAUUGGAAAACUUUCUUUUGCUCACCAAAAUUAUUUAUUCUAGAACUUCAAGCAUCAAGCGUAGAGAUGGGAUGGAGCAACAGGUCAGGCUGCAAGAUCUAUUGGAGGCAGAUUGCAAUUCCAACUCUGACGCCGAUUCAUUUGUGCAUCUACAGGAGUCCGACACUGAUCCUGAACGCAGGGAGCUUAUUGGCCGCAUGUGUGGAUACUUCAAUGAGCAGAAAAGGCGCGGCAUUUACUCUGUAAGCAAGCUCAAAAAGGAUCCUCGUUUUUCUAGUGUUCUAAAUGAGAAGGGGCUUUCCUUUGUGCACCCCUUGCGACCCGUUUCGCAUAAGCUUAACACCUUUGUUCGCCUUCCUAAAAAUAUUUCACAAACAGAGCCUCUGGCCUCUGUUCUUUUAAACACAUACAAUGAUCGCGUAUCAAAGAAACGGGCUUUAAACUACGUUCAAUUGUAUGUCAAUACUUCUGUCAAUACGUUCGGUGUCUAUGAUUCAAGUUCAGGGGUGUUCAGAGCUAUAAAGGACGCCCCAAGUUACCGCACUCUGCAGCCAAAUCACCUUCCGGAUUUUGCACAUGAACUAGAGCUAAUGGUUUGGUCCUAUAGUCUGCAUCUUCUCGAGAGAGGAGAACAUAGUGAUUUAUUGUUGCUUUUGAAGCACGGAUAUUUGACUACAGACACACUGAGUCAUCUUUUAUUAUUUGCCCUCAUGAGCGCACAAGGGAUAUCUAGUCAACGCAUAUAUCUGACGCUACGUGACGCCGAGACCACACUAGAGCAUAAAAAGGCGUUUUCUUCGCUUCAGUCCCAUUAUUUCUUCGAUCGCAUUAGAGGAAAUAAGCUUCAUCCCAACCACAUCUACGUUAAGCAGCUAGACUGCUUCUUCCGCCGAGAGGUCGGUACUCCUGCCGCUCCCUUCAGGAAUCGGGUCUACCUAUAUCCGCAGUCUUUUAUCGUAACUCUACCGAAUGCACGUUACAAUGCUUUCUUCCUGAAGGUGGAGAUGCGCUCUGAUGAUGCAUUAGACGAUAAAGAUAUAAUGUGGGCCAUUUAUCCAAGGCUUCACGGCUCCAUGACACCGGAUGACAUGACUAAGGGUCGAAUAGCCUUUCGAAGUUCGUAUUUGACCUCUGCAGCUGUCAAUACGCGUGUGGUACGACUCCAUGAUGAGGUUAAGUUUGAGCUACCGCUGUACAUCACUCCGAAGACACAUUUCCUGUUUACGCUCUAUGGGGUUCCUGGGCUUUCUGCAAAAGAAAGGGCUCAUGCAGAUAAAUGUGAUCUCUCGACAAUUGUAGGUGUUGACGAUACUGUCUUUGUACCUCAAGAGAAAACAGCCACUGAGAUCAUGAAUCUCACCAAGUUGACACAGUUAUAUGCAACACCUGCAUUCUGUAGUACCACUGAUAACAAGGAGCAUACAUUCCCCACCUAUGCUCUUGCUUCAGGUAAGAUGUCCACCACUAGUUCCGUCGUGUCGCAUCCUGCUGACUCCAUUCCCGUGAGAUCCUCGCAAUAUACUGAAAUACUGGGAUCGGGUAUGCAAGACUCAAUAGACCCAGCGAGCAUUCAGCACAUCGUUGAGGCACGCACUCAGCUUUCACUACUUGGUUAUGCAUACCUUCCUCUUGUCAAGGGUGUCGACGAGCUGGGAGUACCGGUGCUGCAGAACACUCUCGGGGUCGAUGCCUUGUCUCCUCCUAUGAUGACAAAUAGCGAGUUUGUCGAAAACUAUGAUAGAUCUAUUUCUAUCCCGUUUCAGAGCCAAAUUUCUGCAGGCUAUUUGUCGUCUCAAGCUGACAAGGAAAGGCCUUUACAGGGUCUAACAGAUGGCAUCAGCAAGCAGACUAAACAGGUAGGAUAUAUGCUUUGCACACUACGCUAUGAAUCUUCCCUUUACACACAUUCUCACUUUUUGAACGCAAUUUACUAUGCAUAUACAUGCGCUAAGAACAUAGUUCUCCACAGCUGCAUUGAUCUGGAUAAAAGCGUGAAGACCCUGCGUAGAUUUUGCGACAAGGUCAAUCUCUACGCGGUCAGUUUUAAGAUAUCCCGGGAUGCAUACUUAGGAAACGCUACCAGUAGCAUUGUGAGCGACGAACUACGUGGACCGCUGGCACCGGCAGGUGCAAGCUUUGCAGCGACUCAAGCCCAGCUUCAGGCCCAGCUAGCAGCUUCUAAGCGUAAGUCCAUUCCAUUUUAUGGAGAGAGCAUUCUAUUGGAGCAAUAUGGGCCCACCUAUAAUAUUGCAGUUGCACUGGCCUCCCUGCUCAUGCACCAAGAGCUAUUUGAACACGUUGUUUCUAGGGACCUUAUUUUCAAUUGCCUGGAGCACGUUCUUGCCCCCUUUACCACCAUUUCAAACGAGAGCAUGGCGAUUGUCAACAAUUUAUAUCGCCAUUGUAUUAACGAAGAAGUGGCAGCCGCGUUUAAAGCACACAAAACUUUUGGGAGGCGCAACUCCUGGCUUAUGAUGCUACAGAACUUCAUCUACACUCCGCUUCUCGGGGCCAUGCUAGCGCCGUUGUUUGGCUCUACGAGCGCGAUACAGAAUCCGUUAGAUGGCGAGUUCGCGGCACUAUCAGACAUAUACCGGGCUCUCGGCGGUAUCGGCAAUCACAUCUCGUUCUACCAUCAAGACAGUUCAUCAGAUACCUCCCUGUCCGAGCCAUUUAAGCAAGACUCUUUCGUACUUGCCAAUCUGGCCGUGUACGCCAUGGUUGCCCACCACAUAUGCUCUAUAACAACCUUCCAAGCGCUUCAGAAUUAUGUUUCUUACUUACACAACAGCGUAAUAAAGUACAUCAUUCAGAAAUCCUCUUUAGUUGACCGUCUUUUUGCAAUCAUACCCCACAACUUUCUCCUUAUCGCCAAAAGCUUUAUGAUUAUCUUGACCAGGUAUAAGCAUUUGUACAAUGCUAGUAUGUCCUGCUUUCUUUUUGACAACGCAGUGCUGGAUGUCUCCGGAAACUCCGACAGUUUGGAGGGCACGCACUCAUCGAGUGCGACCGUCUCUCAUGACAGUGUAGAGCGAGCUGAGUUUGAAGCCGACCUCAUUGCUUUCAUCAACUCAAUAGGCCAUUUGAUCAACGCAAUUCUUUAUAAUCUUAUCGAUUCCUGUUAUUCACUAACCUCGUACAAUAAGUCCUUUGUUAUUAUUACCUCGACUGCAAAGCUUUUUAUUCUUCUUGUUGUUACUAGCCCCAAGAAGACUAAGUUGUUCUCGUUUCUCGAGUCUCUGAUUGACAAAAAUGACACCUUCAAGGGUGGUCAUUGGUUUACCAGGUGGCAGAUCUUCUUUGACUUUUUGCACCAAUUGAUGAGGGAACGGGCUCUUCUCUAUUCAUACUCAUUCACAGACAUUCACGCUAAGGAGUCGUUUACUUUCCAAGGGGGCGCUUCCGACACCUCUGAUGGUUCCGUCGACUACACGUUACCACCAUUCAACUUGAUUCCAGUGGGGUGCAUUCUUCCGCAUUUGUAUCUCAAGGCAUUGCAUUGUCUGCUGUUUAACUAUAAUUCUGAGCUGUCCCAUUCCGUAGAAGACCACACGGCUUUCCGAUCAAUCUGCACAAAUAUCUUUAUAUUUCUUUGGGAGGUUUGCUCGGGGGACAUAGCUAGACAAACCCCGUCAUUUCUCUACGUGUCGUGUGUCCCACUGCUCCUAUUAAUUCUUGAUAAUUAUGACAAGUUCUUCAAUUCAGUCAACAAGCAGACUGACACCAGUAAUAGGGCAAGCACACCUGAGACUGAUGUGCACACGGUGCCUGGCGACCAGGGUAGGAAGUGUAAUGUUACAGACAAUGCAGGAGUGGCGGUUGCAUCCUUGUCCACUCCAAGGACAACUGUGAAGCAAUCAGAUCUUGAAGAUUCGUCUACACCUAAGACAGUCCGGGGAUCUCCGUAUUCACACACAUCGGACGUUCAGGCGCAAUGCACUGACUUUUCGUUGGAACUUCUUAUGGCAGAAAUGUUCCUCUUUCUUAUUACCUUUCUUCAAAGAUUAACAAAUUACUGCAUUGAGUUUUUGCGCAACUUAACUGUGGAGCAAGCACAGAGCAUGCUUAAGAUCUAUCGCCAUGUACCGUUUCUCUUUGACGAGGAUUCUCUUAGAAAGAGGGCCACUAUUCUGACAUCUUCAUCCUACCGUGUUCAGAGCAUGCGUUAUUUGAAUUUUCUGCUGUCUGGUGACUCCAAGCUUGUCGACAACAUCUUCCUUCCUCCAAAUAAUGGCUCUGUUAAGCCCACGCCUUUUCUGUUUGUUUCUCCAUUCUAUAGUGAUUCAUCUAAUCAGCAAGUUCACGCUCAUCAGAGGCUCGGUCCAUUUUUUGACUCUUUUAAAUCUGGUUCUUCGGUGAGUGAUGACCUACUCUUGUUUUCUGAAACGAUUACGGAUAUGUUUAUGGGGAGGGUGCUCAAAUAUAACGAUGAUGGUAAACUAUCUAGCAAUACAACCCAAAAUCCGGUGCUAUCUCUUCAGCAUACGUCGACCUAUGACCCAUACUCCAAAACGGAUAGAAAUGCCUCUACUACUUGGGUUACUUCAAGCCAGUUAUUUCACACUGCAACUGCCUAUCAUAAUGCUCAUGGAACAAUACCUUCGGGAGCAUCGUUUGGACAACAGACAUGCCCCAACAUCCCAUACAUCCCCAGGAGGAUCAUAAAGGAGCAGCGCGAGUCUACGACCUCCAGAGGCGGGCAUCGCGCUAUGAAGAAACCUACCUCUAAACAAUCUGCACGCCAAGGAUUUAAGAUCUCCACACAGAUCAGCCAGGCGACUCUUACUACUUCUGAUGAUACUGACGAUGCCAGCAUCUAUCGAGCGCUUGAGGACUCUGUAGAUAUUCAGGAGUCUCAGCACACCUGGCAUAAGUUGACACAUUCGGUUGUGGGCUCUAUCGACGACCCCACGGCAGAAGAGGACAUGACCGGAGAUGAGAAGGAAAUAUCUCACAGCGUUUCUGCUCGACAUCGCGACAAAGGCUCGAGCGUCCAUAGAUUAACAGGCACCUUCACUUUUACUGACAGCUGCAUUAAGCAGAUACCUGCUGUAGAGCCACACCCCCCAGCUCUAUCCCCGCCUCGCCAUCACUUGAGUCAUCGGACGAAGCCCUCCAGUGUGGAGGAGGUUAUCACCUACCUAGCAGCCCAAAUUAAAAGUAAUAAGUUGUCGGUCCUUGACUCAACCGAAGCACACGUUGAAAAGCCUAUUUCUUUAGCUUCUCAAACUACCGUGGAUAAUGUAAGCAACCCGCAACGAGCCCAUUCCACAUCAGCAGACCUGCUUUAUCUGAAGCUAAUAAAGGGUCCUGAUUCGUCCUGUGACGUGGUUGCAUCACUGCUUUCGACACUUAUUUAUGAAUCAGCUAUGUAUCAAUUACUCUCAUACACACAACACCUUAUUGUCAAUUCAGACGAGACUCGAGUACUGGAUUCUGGGUCAACGUCAUCUUCAAGCUUCUGUGACGUUCACGCCGAAUUAAUUCAUACAUUUGCAUACUUUCUAGUUAAGGAUCACAAGUUUGCUGUGUAUAAUGAGAUUGUGCUGAACGCCCUUGUCAACUAUUUUCCGUCUAUUGCCUCAAUCUUAUUCAAUGGUUUAGAAAAUAAAAAAUCUGAUUUUGAUCAUGGAAUCUCUAUGGUUAUUAAGGCAUUGCUUGAUAAAAUAGACCUAGAACAGUUCAGUCUGUACAGUCUAGCAGCAACGAUAAUCGCGAUAUUGCUCAAAAUAGAAUUUGACUAUCAUGCCAACACGUCCAUUCUAUUUUCGAUGAUCAAUUACUCCUUGGUCACUAUGGAUCUUACAGCCAAGAAGAAGAAGGCAAUAAUUUCAUUCUUUGAUUACGUACGUGCUGGUGUCAACGAGAUAUGCUCUAACGACGAGGCCUGGAUAAACGGAGGCUGUGACGACGGUUCUGGGUUGCAUGAGAUGACUCCCGUCUCAGGCAAGGUUAGCUUUAUCUGCAAGCACUUCUAUUCAACUGUAUGUCUCUUCUAUGAUAGAUUGCUCAUAGUAAUAGAAAGCGAGUACAUGAUAAAGGAGCGCUCCAAGAUCCAAUCGAUGGGGAGCACCGUUACCGACUUGGAUCUGUAUGCAGAGCUCAAGCUGUCACAGGCAGAUUGCUACGUUGGUCAAGUGGACCUGCGCCUAUUUAGUCUGCAGUCGCUCUUUAACUUUUUAAGGGAAAACAGACGGCACGUUGAAGCCGGAAUGGUGUCUAUAUUGAUUGCGGGGCUUAUUAGCGAGUACUUAAUUGUCAGGUCACAAUUUGACGACAAGGUUAUUGAUUACUCCAGUCUCCCUUCAGUCUACUCUCUCAGUAAGAUAGUUAUCCCGGAGCUGCGCAAGAUUAUUCCCGACAUUACUGUGCAGAACGAUUUGGAUGUAUGGUUCGCGUACAUUGCAAAGGCACAGCAUCUAAUGGGGAAAAGCGAAAACAUAUACUCAUCUCUGGACGGUGGUCAGUUUUUCAAAUUACUACUUGCACUGCAGAGCGCUGCCACCGAGUUCCAGACUGCCAAGUUCUAUUUAUAUACCAAGCAUAUCUACAAGCUUCUUAUGACACUGACGGAGCUGUAUUCUAGCUCUCUGGCUACACCCACACAAGAUAAGCUACCUAGCUAUUUCGACCCGCUUUCUAUGAUCCAGUGCUAUAGUGACGCACUCCUGGCCGAAAAGAAGAGCCACGAGGACGCUUACAAACUACAUGAGAAUGUGCACUACUAUUGGGUGUCUAUCACGACGGAAAACAACGGUAAGGAAUCGACUACAGAAUAUAUCUAUUGCUGUCCUCACUCAGAGACAAUUCGAGAGUUCACUGAGAGGUUGAAGCGGUUCUACGACCCACCUGAUUUGCGGAAACCUGACGGCACGCCCAAGAUAAUUGUUCAGAAGGUGGAGCCGUACAAGAUAGUUCAAUCGGCUGCACUUCUCACAGAAAAGGAGGAGCAGAUAAAACAGAAGAUCUUGGCUCAACUACUUUCUUAUGACAUGGGAGCAGACAGUAAGGCUGGGCACCCCGAAGACAGCUUAUCGUUCCUUGGGGGGCCAUACUCUAAUCCUCACUUAGUGCCUGUACACACAGAACCGAACUUACACAUCCCUGGGGAAGUGCUACUACGGACGCACGCCGACCAUGUAUCUGCACAUAGAGCUACCGAUGAGAAAGAUGGCUAUCCAAUAACGUAUUACUCCAAUAUCAUUUAUAAUUACUAUCCGUUUGUUUUAGCAUCCGACGAAACCUCAGUUGAUACUGGAUCGUCUUGCAACACGAUUCAUUCCUACACCUCGCGACAAAUCUUUCGGCGACGGAUACAACAGCAGGUGUACUCUGGUGAUUCAUCAAUCAAAUUAGCCGGAUGUCUAAAUGUUUACUACUACACUGCACACCCAUUUCCUCACACAAAUUCGCGCCAAAGAGUCAUAUACGUCUAUGAGGAAUACAGCAAUCCAAUCCAAGAGGCCAUCAGGAUAGUUGAAAAAGCAAUCUAUGAUACUGAAAGGCUUCCAGAUGAGCUUAAUAAAGUCUUUCAAAACUUAACAGGUAUCGUGACCCCCAGCGUGAACAGCGGAACUAUGGACAUUGUUAGAAUGUUCCUGAAUAAGCGAAAUGAAUUUUCCGAAGAGCAGGAGACUACAAUCCAGGUGGUUAACUUCGAUGACCUUGUCUCAUCGACUACUGUGGCACUUACUGAGAAGCAACUCAAUGACAACCACGACACGUUCAUUGCCACGAAGUCAAAUGACGGCCUUCUAGAAAACCAAACCAUGAAUACGGAUGUAAUAGUUAGAGAUCAAAGCAAUCGAUCCGUAAGAUGUUUGGAGAGUAGCGUAGAAGCAGAUGAUUCGCUUAGGAUAUUCCCAGAAAAGAUCAUGCCAUUUGAUGACCAAAACAGAGAAAGCAUUUCGUCACCAACAGUAGGGAUAGCCACAGAUCGACCAGAACAAAAGGUACACUCUAAAGAAUUGACAGACGCACACAUGAUGGAUGACGUGUCUAGCUCCCUCUAUUCAGGCGCACACAGUGUGACAAAAACGGCUCCCUCCACCAGUCUGGAAGAUUCUCUUAUCGACAAACGUAAAUCGGGAGGAAGCCCGGAGCUGAACUCUGAUGAAGGCUAUGAUAUUAAAGAGCUCUUUACUCCAACCGAGCGACUAGCAACAAUCAGAGCAAGCUUAAAGCUUAAUAUGCCAUACCAUCAAUCCCUUGCGAUGGCCCCACUCAGUACCCCUGUGGAUGAUUUUUCUGAAGCCACGAACCCGGAAGAACCUGAAGAGCUAGAGACCAUCACUGGUACUACGUCUUCAAGCUAUUUCGCACUAUGUCCCAGACUGAUAAAGGUAUUCUUGUCUGACUUAAUAUACCCCAAGUUGGUGGUCAAGACAGACGUUUCGAUGAAGCAUUAUCGCAACUUAUAUAAGUAUCCCGAUAGCAAGGCGACUCACGCUUUACGCCAAGGGAGCUAUCUUACGGGUGAUAGCACCUAUCACGGAUCAAGCCAGGAAUCAAAGCAAAACAGGCUUCGACAUGUAGACAAAGCAUACAUUCCUCAAUCGGAUUCAGAUGUAUACUUCAUGGGUCCCUAUGGUACAUGCCGUGAGUCUGGAUACCACGGUCGGUUCAAUAUAACUGGGUUCAUGUCUAAUUCUGACUAUGUUCAGGCUAAUAAUGAGAUGCUUCCACCACACAUAGCGGAAAAAAUAGACAUUCUGCGCAAUGAACUGCCAGUAUAUUGUAAGGAACCAAAUUCCCUAACACACACUGAGAUAGAGCUCUGUCGCGAAAGAUUGGGGAAGCUCAUUAUCAGGUUGAUGAACCUGCAAGCAGAAAAGAUCGUACUUGCGAAUCAGCUCAUGGGAAAAUAUAGGGACUAUGAGGGUCUUUACCUACUGGCUCGAGAAACGUUCUUAAAGACGCUAGAGGAGCUAGAAGAGUACAUAGACUUUGAUAAGGAAAGGAUAAAACGCAUAGUAUCAUGA